GUAGGUCAAAUUUACGACCAAAAACUCUUUUAUGGCACAUCGAGUGAUUAAUUCGGUUUAUCCAUGGGCACUUCACCUUAUUUGAGUUGUAUGAGAAACUAAUAAAAGUGGUUUAUAUGCGUUACUGGGAAUUCACGCUCCAUCAACGCUCGGUUCAAUUGUGUUUUUAACAUUAAAACAUAACUGAAUCCUGAAUACUGACAGCUAGAGAAGACCCCUUGUAAAUUAUAGAUUUCCGGUGUGCUCAUACCUACUGUUGUUGAAUACAGUUAAAAAUAUUUUAGCACAUAAUGCAUUAUCUUCAUCGACAGUAAUUACGUGUUUUGUCGCCGUUUUAUUUAUAGGGAGACAAGUGGAGAAGACUCGUACCUCAUUCCUCUUGGUGGGAGUAAUUCGGUCGGACUUUUUGGCUACAUAACAGUAUUUCACGAAAUGAUUUCGCAGGGUAUUCUAGAAAACUUUGAUGACAUAGCCUUUGCCUGUGGAAGUGGGGCUACCGCUGCAGGGCUUGCUGUAGGAAACUACCUGAACGGGUCCAAGCUCAAAAUCCAUGCUCUGUUCGUGGGUUCAGAUGCCGAGUUUUGUAAAGCCGCUGUUAACCAGAUGUUACACGAUGUUGGGCUGACUGACGUACGCUCAGAGGACAUGGUGGACAUGAUUGAAAGUCCUGAAAACCAAGGCUAUGGGGUGUACACACAGGAAGAUUUAGAUUACUUCAUUCAAGUGGGCAUUGAUACGGGUGUCAUUGUCGAUCCAACCUACACUGGCAAAGCUGUGAAGUUCCUGGUUCAAGAAAUGAACAACCACCCUGAUAGGUUCAAGGGUAGAAGGGUAUUAUUUUUGCACACAGGUGGUGUCUUUGGACUGUAUGAUGGAAAGAUGGACAACGUAUUGAAGGAGCACGAAAUGACCAAUAGAGUCAAGAUACUUUAUGACUAAACGGAACGAGUUUUGAGUCUCUUGCCGUGUGAGUAAUGAGUCGCUUAUUCUUCAUUCCUACCGUUACACCUGAGUAACGGAAGAAAUGGGGGGAAACGGAAAUGGAUAUAUUGGGCUUGAACCUGUCACAUUUUGAAUUUUUUUUUUUCGGACAAACUAGCAGCCGAAGAGAAAUGGUCUGCUGAGACUUUGGCAAAGAGAAAGGACAGUAUAGGACCCACCGUUGCCACCCGGUGGCAGCACUUUCUGGGUUGUAUUAAGACAAUCUGCCCGUGAAUAUAAAUAUAGCAUAAUUUCAUAUCACAGUCAGCUAUCGCCAAUAUGAAGUUAUCCUGUGAGAAAGAGGCGUAUGCCCAUACCGGAUUUUUGAAAACAGGGAGUGGGGUUAAACUUUUUUCUGGUAUAGUUAUCUACCGGGUACCACGAAUGAUAUAGUUGAGAGUAACGACGAUUCAUCAGAGAUUGAGGACGGUGCGAAUGAGUUUAAUGAUUCUGUAGAAAUAGAAAACGCUGUGGAUAAGGGCGUCUUUUUUUCAGAGGGAGAGUUUCAACUUUCUGAUAAUAAGCCAGUUCAAGUGUCACGAUAAAAAAGUAAAUAAAACCGAGGCCACCUAUUACACUGGAGUUCUUUUAUACAUUCGUGCACAAUUUUAG